GCGGCUGUGAACUAGCAUGCACUCCGGAACUUUUACCUUUAUUUGAGUUAAUUUAAGCGCUUUGACAUGGCGCUGGAGUGCAGUCAAGAUGCUAUUCUGAACUUUCUGAGGGAGAGAGACGGUCGGGUGCCGAACGCGGAGCUGGUGGAGCACUUUAAAUCCAUUUUUCCCGAGGACCCGAAGGAAAAAGCGGCGACGCGCGAGCUGUUUAAGAGUCACGUGGACAGCGUGGCGUACGUCAAAACAGACAACGGCGUUAAAUAUGUUUGCCUGAAGAAAAAGUUCCGCGAGGAGGCUUUAAAAGAAGAGAAAUCACAGCAGGAGGAUAGCGGACAGGUAAGCGGACGUGACGUGGGACCCGCGGGGCACGCUGCAGGUGUGCACGCCGGCUCGGGUUUCACGCACGCUGAAGUUCCGCAUGUUUUGGAGACAUUGCAACACGGCGAAAGAGCCCAAAGCGAGUGCGAUGCUGGCGUGGUGAAGGAAGACAUCAGCUCGGACACGAUGGGGAACAGAUCGAGCGUAAAACGUGAGAAACGCGAGUCCAAACGUGAGGAAAACGUCGUGGAAAUACCCGUAAUCACUGUGAGUCAACCUUCGCCGGUUCCCGUCCAAAAACCCGUGUUCGUCUUGCCCGAACUUGAACAAAAUGUAAACACGAAGCAGGGCGAGUCGCGUGCACUGACGCAAACUCGACGUGUUUCAACAUCUGAAGAAUUACGGGAAGAAACGCACGAUGUCGGGGUGUUUUCCGACGGGGAAGAUGACGGGCAGAGUCUCACAGGCAGCGAAGGGACGCCCAAAAACAGCCGCACGCAUUUUAUCGAAGUUAUGAUGUGCACUUCCCCGCAAGUGCGACGCAAUAUUAACCUACGCUCCUUUUCACACAGCGACAGCGACACUCUGUCCGUGGCGUCGUGCAAUUUGGAGGAAGAUCGCAAUUCUGUGACGCUAGACCCGCUUGAACAUGAGUGGAUGAUGUGCGCUUCCGACGCCGAGUGGGAAAGCUUGCAGAGAUUGCUAAAUAACGACCCAGGAUUGGUUUUAAAGAAGGAUUUCAUAACCGGUUUUACGUGUUUACACUGGGCGGCAAAACAAGGCAAACCUGAACUUAUUGCACUUAUUAUAAACUUCGCAAAAGAGAACAAUAUCGAAGUGAGCGUCGACGUCCGCUCCAGCACGGGGUACACUCCGCUGCACGUCGCCGCUAUGCACAAUCACAUGGAGGUGGUGAAGCUGCUGGUGGGCGCAUACAACGCAGACGUGGAAAUACGCGACUACAGCGGGAGGAAAGCGUGCCAGUAUUUGACCGAUAACGUCAGCGUGGAUAUACGGGACAUAAUCGGCGCGUACGAAAUCGAAAUUGAAAAUAAACCAGCCGCGGCGGGAAAGAGAUGGCGUUUUGGCAAAGUCCUCCACGCUAAACCUCUACGGAGACUGAACAGCACGGGGGACAGCGACACGCCAGACGGGGGCGCUGGAGAGCCGGUGAGGAGGAGAUCUUCGCUCAGCAGGAUGAAGCCGAAGCUGCAGAAGUUGAAGUGGAGGACGUCGCAGCUCGUGCACAGUACCACGUUUCACGGAGCGGAGGAUUUGGAGAAACGGCAAAGACCACGACCAAAAACGCACUUUUUUGGUUGAACUUUUGUUAUGUUUGUUUUCGGAUCGCAUCAAAUUUAGUCCAAAAUCAACACGUAAACUGGACUACUUGUUAUUUCCACCUGUUACUGUCACUGGAACAACUAAACUUAUAUUUUAACGAGCUAUCUGAACAAAAUAUUAUACAAACAAACUUAAUACGUGUACGUGAUAAUGCAUUAUAGAUUACAGAAACUACAGAGAUACUUCCUGCUGCCGUUUUCUGCUGCCUGUUUAUUUUGGACGUGUUUAUUUUGGACGUGUUUAUCACAUUGACAUUGACUCCAGGCAGAACUAAUGUUUGAUUUUAUGGCACUUAAACUUUAGAACUUCAGGGGAAAUGGCUUUUGCUGUCGUUAAGACCUGAACUUCCUACGUGAGGUCAAACUGCAAAAACUCCUUUUACUACUGCUGCUACUACUAGUACUACUACUACUAAUACUACUACUACUACUACCGCUGCUACAGCUAUGACUACUGGGCUACUGUGAUUACAACCACUGCUGCUACUGGUACUGCUACCACUACCACUACUACCAUCACUUCUACUACUUCUACCGCUACAGCCACUAGGCUACUACAACUACUACUACUACUACUACUACUUCUACCACUGCUAUCGCUACGACUACUAGGCUAGUACUACUACUGCUACUACUGCAGCAGCUACAACUACUUCUACCACUGCUGUCGCUAUGAGUACUAGGCUACCGUGACUAAUACUACGGCUGGUACUACUACUAUGGCCACUACUACUACCACUACUACUACCGCUAUCGCUGUGACUACUACUACUUGGCGGCUGCUACUACUACUACUUCUACUGCUAGGACCACUAGGCUACUUCUGCUACUACUACUACUACUACUACUGCUUUUACCGCUGUGACUACUACUACUUGGCUACUACUACUGCUUCUACCUCUAUUACUUCUACCGGUACAACUACUAGGCUACUGCUGCUACUACUUCUACUGCUAUGACUACUACUACUUGGCUACGACUACUAGGUACUGGUGCUACUACUUUUACUGCUACUACUACUACCUCUACUACUUUUACCGCUAUGUCUACCACUACUGCUACUACUUCAACAGUUACGACUACUAGGCCACUGCUGCAACUACUUCUAUUGCUACUACUACUACCACUAUGAUUACUACUACUUGGCUGCUACUAUUUCUAAUACUACUACUACUUCUAGCACUUUUACUAGUUGAAUGUGAACACCAGUAGGCAGUACUUUUCCUAAUGCACUUGUCAAACCUCAUGUUGAAUUCUUCACCUCCUUCUGCUUCUGUGUCGCUGUUUAAUCUGAUAAUCCUCAGAAACUGAAGCACAGGGGCCAAACGCUUCACUCUGGACUCUUAUUUUAAACUGUUUCGUCGCUAAAAACGAGUCUUUAUAACGACUCAGGCACUGUUUACAUUAAAGUUUAUGAUGCAGCUUUUUAAUCCCAAAGACAAAGCCAGAAUUGAGAUUUCUAAACUUUUUUUUUUUUUUUUUUUUUUGAAACAUGCAUUUGUUGAGGGGAGGUCUUGGUCACUACUUUGCACACGACGUUGUUACUUGCACAAUUUAUAACGUUACACUUUUUCAGGGCUGUUUUGUAAAUGCAUUUUGGUGAAUUAAAUGGUGAUUUUUAAAUGCAUAUUAAAUUAAAUAAAGUACACUA